AUGCCACCAACGAAGUUGAUAAUAGCCUACGUGCUCGAUUGGGUCUUGAUCAUUGCCAUCGCAGCGGUCGCCGGAGGAAUAAGCUUCGUCACACCCUACCGUCGCCCCUUCUCUCUCGUCGACCUCGCCAUCAGCUUUCCUUAUGUCGAACACGAUGAAGUUUCCACAGCACUCCUCGUCGUCCUUUCCCUGAUUGUUCCAGCUGUGGUCAUAGCAAUCGUCACCUUACUCUUCGUGCCUGCCUUUUCCCGCUCCCGUCUCCACGAUCAACAAUACUGGACCCGCAAGCUCUGGGAGUUUAAUGCUGGAUGGAUGGGCCUAGGUCUCAGUUUCGUCCUUGCCUUUUUCAUCACCUCAGGCAUCAAGAACCUAGUUGGUAAACCACGACCGGAUCUACUGGCUAGAUGUCAACCUGACUUGAGUGAUAUCGCUGCUCAUGUCGUAGGCGGGUAUGGCCAAGAUAUCUCCCAAAGGUGGACAUUGGUCAGUUCGUCCAUCUGCACACAAACAGAUUCCAAACUCUUGAAUGAAGGGUUUCGCAGUUUUGUCAGUGGGCAUUCGUCGAUGAGUUGGUCUGGAUUGCUUUACCUCUCCCUCUGGCUGGCUUCAAAGUUUAAUAUGUUGAUUCCUUACCUGGGCCACGAUACACCAUCCAACAAGCGCAACGACGAUGCCUCCAACACGGAACAAGAAUCUAGAGAUCGCGCAGCUGCACCUCCCGUCUUUGGCGCUAUCAUCGUCCUUAUUCCCAUUUGUAUCGCCAUUUGGAUCUGCAGCACCCGCUAUGUAGACUUCAAACACCAAGGUGUUGAUAUCUUUUCUGGCGCUGUGUUAGGUAUCACCACUUCAUGGAUUGGCUUUAGAUGGUAUCAUGGUAGUCUCACUAGAGGACAACCUUGGACGUGGAGUCCGCGGUCAAAGGAUCGCGCUUUUGCGGUUUCGAGUGGGGCAAAUGGGUGGAUUGAUGAGCAGGGGUUUGCGAUGAGGGACAGGAAUCACCAGAGGAGGUCGAAUAGCGAGGUUGAUGUUGAGGCUGGUGGGUCGAGUGCUCCUAUUGCUAAGUAA